GGGGCGCGACCCCGCCGCGCGCGGCAAAACGACUGCCGCUCCCGUUACCGGGGCAACCGCGGCGCCUCCUCCGCGCCGGCCCCGAUAGUCUCUCCGCGCCAUUUUCAAACUGUCCUGGAGACGGAACCGGUGUCUGGGGCGGAAGGAGCCAGUAAAGGAGGCGAGGCGCGAGGGAGAAUGCGACCGCAGGCGGAGAGAGCAGUGGCCGGGGCUGCGGGAUUUUAAUUUUUGGGAAUGAAUAAAACUAGUUUGGAAGACAAGAUGACUACAGCUGCAGAAAGAAAAUAUAUUAAUAUUAGGAAAAGAUUGGAUCAGUUGGGAUACCGCCAGACUCUGACAGUGGAGUGUUUACCUUUGGUAGAAAAACUUUUCAGUGAUCUAGUUCAUACAACAGAAAGUCUUCGGAAAUCAAAAUUAUCUGCUGUGAAAGCUGAAAAAGAAAGUGCCAAUUUUGAUUUUGUAUUGGAACCUUAUAAACUUGAAAAUGCAAGAUUGAGUAAGGAAAAUAAUGAAUUAUACCUGGAAUUAAUGAAACUGAGAGAACAAUCAGGCCAACACAUUAAAGAGUUGAAAACCACAUUGAAAAAGUGUGCACGUGAAACAUCUGAUCUGAAAUUUCUAAAUAAUCAAUAUGUUCAUAAACUCAAGCUUUUGGAGAAAGAGAGCAAAGCUAAGAAUGAAAAAAUUCAACAACUUCAAGAAAAGAAUUUGCAAGCUGUAGUACAAACUCCAGGUGGCAAGAAAAGAAGUAUUGCUUUCAGGCGCCAGCGUAUGCAAAUUGACGAACCAGUCCCUCCCUCUGAAGUCAGUUCUUACCCAGUUCCUCAGCCAGAUGACCCGUACAUUGCAGACCUCCUGCAAGUGGCUGAUAACAGAAUUCAGGAACUUCAGCAAGAAGUCUACCAGUUACAAGAAAAGUUAGCAGUGAUGGAAAGUGGACUGAGAGAUUAUAACAAGCAGAUUGAACUAAGAGAACGAGAGAUAGAACGACUGUCAGUUGCAUUGGAUGGGGGUCGCUCCCCUGAUAUCCUUUCUCUGGAGACUAGAAAUAAAGCCAACGAAAAGCUUAUUGCUCAUUUAAAUAUUCAGGUUGACUUUCUUCAGCAAGCUAAUAAAGACCUGGAAAAGCAUAUACAAGAGCUUAUGGAAACCAAAGAAACAGUAACUACUGAAGUUGUUAAUUUAAGUAACAAAAAUGAAAAACUCUGCCAGGAAUUAACUGAAAUUGACCAGUUAGCACAGCAGUUGGAAAGACAUAAAGAAGAAGUGCUUGAGACUGCCGACAAAGAACUUGAGGAAGCAAAGAAAGAGAUUAAGAAAAAGCUAUCUGAAGUGCGGAAUCUUGAAGAAACAAUGGGAAAACUUCAACUGGAAUUAAACUUAUGUCAUAAAGAAAAGGAGAGACUGAGUGAUGAACUCCUUAUAAAAUCAGACCUGGAAACUGUUGUUCAUCAGCUUGAACAAGAAAAGCAAAGACUUAACAAAAAAAUUGAAAGUUUUGCAGUUACAGAAAAAGAACUUACUUUGGAAGUUGAGAGGAUGAGGCUAGAACAUGGAAUAAAACGACGAGACAAGUCACCUUCUCGUUUAGAUACAUUUCUGAAAGGUAUAGAAGAUGAACGAGAUUUUUAUAAGAAAGAGCUAGAAAGACUCCAGCAUUUAAUACAGCGAAGAUCUUGCUCUCGAAGUCAUUCUACAUGUGAAAAAAUUCCAGUAUUUAAGACACUAGAAAAGGGUGAUUACAACUCAGAAAUUCAUCUGAUCACAAGAGAAAGAGAUGAACUUCAGCAUAUGCUAGAAAGAUUUGAAAAACAUAUGGAGGAUAUACAGUCCAAUGUUAAAUUAUUGACAGCAGAAAGAGAUAAACUAAGUGUCUUAUAUAAUGAAGCGCAGGAAGAAUUAUCUGCACUCAGACAAGAAUCUACCCAAACCACAGUCUCCCAUAAUACUGUUAGUCUUAUGGAAAAGGAAAAAGAACUUGCAUUAUCUGACUUAAGAAGGAUUAUGGCAGAAAAAGAAGCCUUAAAAGAAAAAUUAAAACAUCUCCAUGAAAUGAGUAUUUUUGAAAAAUCAGAAUUAGAGAAAACUGUUGAACAUUUGACAUGUGUUAAUCACCAGCUUGAAAAUGAAAAAUGUGAAUUAAAGUCUAAAAUGUUAAAAAUGAAAGAAACAAUAGAGGCUUUAGAGAAAAAAAUAAAACUCCAAACUCAAAAACUUAGCCAUGUGGCUGGUGACUCAUCUCAUCAGAAAACAGAGAUGAACUCACUUAGGCUAGUAAAUGAGCAGCUACAGCGGUCACUUGAGGACUCUCAGCACCAACUUUCCAUGAAAAGAAGUGAACUUGAAUCAGCACAAGCACAAGUUAAAAUACUGGAGGAAAAAAUAGGUAAACUACACUUCAAGAUGACUUCACAGAAUGAAGAGGCUCAUGUAAUGAAAAAGACCAUUGGUGUUAUUGAUAAAGAAAAAGACAUUCUUCAGGAGACUGUAGAUGAGAAGACAGAAAAGAUUGCAAACUUGCAUGAAAACCUAGCUAAUAAAGAAAAAGCUAUUUCUCAGAUGAAGAUAACAGUCUCAGAGUAUGAAUCUUCUAUGAACCACCUAAAGGAAACACUGAUUAAUCGGGACCGUGAGAUAAGCAGCCUCCGGCGCCAACUUGAUGCAGCUCACAAGGAACUUGAUGAAGUAGGAAGAUCUAAAGAAAUGUCUUUUAAGGAAAACAGAAGAUUACAGCAUGAUCUGGCUACAGUGGCAAGAGAAAACCAGCAAAUUUCAUUGGAAUUAGAAGCAGCAGUGCAAGAAAAAGAAGAAAUGAAGAGUAGAGUUCAUAAUUACAUAACUGAAGUGUCACGAUGGGAGAGCUUAAUGGCUGCUAAGGAAAGAGAAAAUCAAGAUUUGUUAGAUAGAUUUCAGAUGCUUCAUGACCGUGCUGAAGACUGGGAGGUCAAAGCCCAUCAAGCUGAGGGAGAAAGCAGCUCAGUUCGACUGGAACUUCUUUCUAUUGACACAGAGAGGAGACACCUUCGAGAAAGAGUGGAGCUACUAGAAAAAGAAAUUCAGGAGCACAUAAAUGCACAUCAUGCUUAUGAAUCUCAGAUCUCAUCGAUGGCAAAAGCCAUAUCUAGAUUAGAAGAAGAGCUGAGACACCAAGAAGAUGAGAAAGCAGCAGUAUUAAAUGAUGUGUCGUCUCUCAGAGAACUUUGCAUUAAGCUUGAUUCAGGCAAAGAUAUUAUGACCCAGCAAUUGAAUUCCAAAAACCUUGAAUUUGAGAGGGUUGCAGUGGAAUUAGAAAAUGUAAAAUCAGAAUCAGAGCUGUUAAAAAAACAACUGUCAAGUGAGAGACAUACAAUUAAAAACCUUGAAUCAUUGUUGGCUACAAAUAGAGAUAAAGAAUUUCAUUCCCAUUUAACCUCCCACGAGAAGGAUACAGAAAUUCAGCUGCUUAAAGAGAAGUUAACCCUUUCAGAAAGCAAAUUAAAUAGUCAAAGCCGGGAAAACACCAUGCUUCGGGCCAAAAUGGCACAAUUACAAACAGAUCUUGAUGUUCUGAAAAGGCAGAUUUCAACUGAAAGAUAUGAACGAGAACGAGCAAUCCAAGAGAUGCGUCGGCAUGGUCUUCGCACACCACCCCUUAGUUCUACUCUGAAGUCUCCUUUACAUUCUCCUGAACAUAUAGACUGAUUAUCAGAAAGGGGACGUGGGUUUGAUCCCUGAUCGGGGAACUAAGAUCCCACAUGCCGUGGGGCAACUAAGCCCGUGCACCACAACUACUGAGCUCGCGCUCCUCAGUGAGAGCCUGGGUGCCACAAACUACAGAGCCCACGCGCUCUGGAGCCUGCGCACCACAACUAGAGAGAGAAAACUCACGCACCACAACUAGAGAGAAGCCCACGCGCCGCUACAACUAGAGAGAAAACCUGCACGCCACAACUAGAGAGAAGCCCACGCGCCACUACAACUAGAGAGAAAACCUGCACGCCACAACUAGAGAGAAGCCCACGCGCCACUACAACUAGAGAGAAAACCUGCAUGCCACAACUAGAGAGAAGCCCAUGCGCCACUACAACUAGAGAGAGAAAACCCACGCACCACAACUAGAGAGAAGCCCACGCACUGCAAGGAAGAGCCUGCACGCCACAACGAAAGAUCCCGCAUGCCUCAAUGAAGAUCCCACAUGCCGCAACUAAGACCCAAUGCAGAUUAAAAGAGAGAGAGAAGACAUCCACAACAAAAAUUAAAUGACAAUAUGAGAUAUCACAGGGUAAUAUUUGAUGAAGUGCCAAACUCAAGGCACAAAUAACAGAUAGUGAAAGUAUGGACAAAGACAUAGAAAAUAUUACUUAAUAUUGAAAGCUAGAUAUUUUUAAAUAAAUUAUAAUAUACAUACAGAAAAGUGCUAUAUCAUAGGUUAUGCAGCUCAAUGAAUUUUUACAAACUGAACACACCUAUGCAACCUGCACCCGGAUCAAGAAACAAAAUAUGACCUCUCUUGGGUGUCCUUCUGGUCAUAAGCCUUACUCUAAAAGUAACUGUCUCGGUUAUUAAAAGCAUAGAUUUCUUUUGUCUGUUUCUGGACAUUUUAUAAAUGAAAUCAUAUAUUUCUGGCUUUUUUUCUCAAUAGUACCUUUGUGACAUUCAUCCAUACUGCUGUGUACUCGUAGAUGGUUCAGUCUUGUUGCUGUAGAGUAUUCCAUUAUGUGAACAUACCACAGUCCAUUUACUCUUUCUGUUUUUGAUGGGCAUUUGAUAAUUUCCAGUUUGGGCUAUUACAGAUGGAAUUAUGAUGAACAUUCUAGUACCUUAUGUUGGCGAACAGAUGUGUGCAUUUCUUUUGGGUAUACACUUAGGAGUGAGAUUGUCAGGUCACUGGACAUGCAUGUGUUUGAGCUUGAGUAGCUAUGGUAAGUCAGUUUUCCAAAAUGAUUGUAAAGAGCUAGGACACAUUUGGCUGAGGCAGGAUCAAAGUGAUGUGCUCAUUCAUUGGAGAUGGGAGUGAAUGGGAAAGAAGCAUGUCAGACCCAGGGUUUGAAAAGUAGAUGACUGAAAAAUGCAGGCUUAUUGACAGAAAUAGUAAAGUCAGUCCUUUUAAAAAUUAUUCAUUUUUUGGCCUCUCUGAAUAGAAUUUUAUAGGAGAUAAUUAAGCAUUUCCUUGGUGACUUCAGAAUCCUCCUAAGAGUAUUAGCUAUGUUCUAUUCUUUAAUAUACUGAUGCCCCAGGGUUUAUUGGUAUUUGUAGGGCCUAUGUUUAAAUGAUUCCUGAUUGCUGUGCUUUUGCUCUUGUGUUUGUUUAUUUGAUUAAAACAUUUGUUUUCCUCUUUCAUUUUGAGGACCACUUCCUAGUGCUGGCAGCAGUCACUGUGUCCUCACAACUUCUAAGCUGCUGCAUUAAUUUGAAUGUGAUUAGAUGGAGGUUCUGCUUCUCAUUAUAAAGCCUCUUGGCAGUUGUGACACAAGCAUUUUUUUCAUGCUUGAUUCACAGCUGCAUUUUAGAUCAAGGUUUGGUAAACUAGGCCCUAUAGGCCAAAUCCACACCACUGCCUAUUUUUGUAAAUUAAGCUUUAUUAAGCCACACCCAUUUGUUUACAUAUUGUCUCAGACUGCUUUUCUGCAGUGGCAGAAUUAGGUAGUUGUGGCAGAGACCCUGUGGCCCACAAAUCUGAAAUAUUUAUUUACUAACUGGCCUUUCACAUCACAUAGCCCCUGGAAAACUUAUCUGUAUACUCGUGAGAUAAUAAGAGUGAAAAAGCAAGUAACUCCUUAGUUUAUGAAAAGAGGCUUGACUCCCAGGGAUCCCCAAACUAUACUUUAAGAACCACUGAUCUAGAACAUAGUGGUUUCCAGCAAUCUCUAAAGCUGUAAUGAAUUAGAAAACUUUUUUAAAUUAUGAUAAAAUAUAUAUAACAUGAACUUUGCCUACUUUUUUUUUUUAAGAUUUUUUUGAUGUGGACCAUUUUUAAAGUCUAUUGAAUUUGUUACAAUAUUGCUUCUGUUUCAUGUUUUGUUUUGUUUUUUUUCUGACCAGGAGGUGUGUGGGAUCUUAUUUCCCUGACCAGGGAUGGAACCCACACCCCCUGCAUUGGAAGGCGAAGUCUUAACCACUGGACCACCAGGGAAGUCCCUGAACUUUGCCUUCUUAACUAUUUUGUAAAGUGUACAACUCAGUGGCAUUAAAUUCACAAUGUUGUACAACCAUCACCACUAUUUCCAGAAUUUUUUAUCACCCAAACAGAAACUCUGUAUCUAUUAAGCAAUAACUCUCCAGUCCCCUGUCUUCACUUCCCUGCCCCUGAUAACCUCUAAUCUACUUUCUAUCUCUAUAAAUUAGCCUACUCUAGAUAUUCAUAUAAGUGAAUUUAUACAAUAUUUGUCUUUUUGCACCUAGCUUAUUUCAUUUAGAAUAAUGUCUUCAGGGUUCAUCUGUGUUGUAGCAUGUAUCAGAACUUCAUUCCUUUUCAUUCCUGAAUGAUAUUCCUUUGUGUUUAUACCACAUUUUGUUCUUUUGUUCAUCAGUUGAUGGACACCUGGGUUGUUUUCAUCUCUUAGCUAUUGUGAAUAAUAGUGCUAUGAACAUUGGUGUACAAGUAUCUCUUUUACUCUGUUUUAAUAUCUUUUGGGAGUACCUAGAAUUGCUGGGUCAUAAGGUAAUUCUGUGUUUAACUUUUUGAAUACCUGCCAAACUUUUUCCACAUGACUGUACCAUUUAACAUUCUCACCAGCAGUCUAAGAGUUCCAGUUUUCCAAGUCCUUGUCAACACUUGUUAUUUUCCAUUUUUUAUUAUAGCCAUUCUAGUAGAUGUAUAUUAGAAAAUGUCUACAACUGUUAACAAAUUCCCAGAGUAUCCUAAUGAUGUUGUUAAUUGGUAACACAUUUCCAUUCAUAUUUUCUAACGUUGUCACCAAAACUAAUUUUAUGGGAUUUCCCCAUGAGUACCCAGAAAUGAAUAUGAAAUAUUCAUAUCAAGCCAUAUUUACAGUGUCUCUCAUAGUUAACAUAUAUAAUCCAGUUUUGCUUUUACUGUUUUGAUUAUUGCAUCUAAAAAAUGCUCACUGAGGGCUUCCCUGGUGGCGCAGUGGUUGAGAAUCUGCCUGCCAAUGCAGGGGACGCGGGUUCGAGCCCUGGUCUGGGAAGAUCCCACAUGCCACGGAGCAACUCGGCCCGUGAGCCACAAUUACUGAGCCUGCGCGUCUGGAGCCUGUGCUCGGCAACGAGAGACCGCGAUAGUGAGAGGCCCGCGCACCGCGAUGAAGAGUGGCCCCCACUUGCCGCAACUAGAGAAAGCCCUCGCACAGAAACGAAGACCCAACAAAGCCAUACAUACAUACAUACAUACAUACAUAAAAAGAAUGUAAGCAGACAAGAAUAGCAUUAAAAAAAAAAAAAUGCUCACUGAGACAACAUAAAAUACAAAAGUAUAAAGAAGAUAACCAAAAUCACUUUUCUUUACAUUUUUUUUAUUGGAGUAAAACAUACAUAAGGUCAAAUUUAUCAUUUUAACCAUUUUUAAGUGUACAUUUCUCUGGCAGUUAGUACAUUCACACUCUUGUGCAAAAAUCAUCUCCACCAUCAAUCUCCAGAACUUUUUCAUCUUCCCCAGCUAAAACUCUGUACCCAUUAAACACUAACUCCCCAUUCUCCCCUUCCCCUAACCUCUUGGAAUCACCAUGACAAUUUCUGUCUCUAUGAAUUUGACUAUUCUUUGUACCUUAAGUAAGUGGAAUCAUGCAGUGUUUGUGUUUUUGUGACUGACUUAUUUCAUUUACUAUAAUGUUUUCAAGUUUUAUCCAUGAGGGAGGGAGUAUGUGUCAGAAUUCCCUUCCUUUUUGAGGCUGAAUAUUAUUCCAUUCUAUGUAUAUAACACACUUUGUUUAUCCAUUCAUCACUUGGGUUGCUUCCACCUUUUGGCUGUUGUGAAAAUGCUGCUGUGAACAUGGAUGUACAAAUCAAAAUCACUUUUAAUCCUACAACCCAGAGAAAAUAGCAAUUAGCCAUUUGGUAUACUCCCUUCUUUUAAAAAAAAAAAAAAAAGGUUUAUUUAUUUAUUUUUUUAACUUUAUUUAUUUAUUUAUUUUGGCCGUGACAUGCGGCAUGCAGGAUCUUUGCAGGAUCUUAGUUCCCCAAUGAGGGAUCAAACCCGUGACCCCUGCAUUGGGAGGGGAGCACGGAGUCUCAACCACUGGACCACCAGGGAAGCCCCUACUCCUUUCUUAUGUUUAAUUUAUAAUAAAUAUACACACAAGCAUAGACAUACAUGUAUAAUUCUAAUAGAAAUCAUACUCAAAAUAGUUUUCAUCAGUUUUUUUGUUUUGUUCUGUUCUGUGAGGGGUUUUCCCCUUAAUAUAGUUGCAUGCAUUUAUUCUUAUCAUUAAAAGCAUUUUCAAAAAUGCCAUUUUAAAAUAGUGAUUUAACAGUUCGUCACAUGGAUAUUCCAUGAAUUAUUUAAUCAUGCUCCUCUUAUGGAACGUAUAUUGAUAGUUUGUUUCCAACUUUUUUUUCUUAUAAACAAUGUUUUACAUCAGUAUUUGACAACCUGUCUGAUAAUUUCUUCUUACGUAUGUCUUCCUCGGUAUAGAAAAAAAUAAUUACUUUCUCAGUGUUUCCAUUGUGUGAUUUUUUAUAUUUUAAUGUCUGUGUUUUUUAAUUGGGAGGGUGGUUAGAUAGCACAUAAGGUCAGAAUAGGUGGAAAAAUAUUUGACUAUCCCUAACAUGCUAUUUUAAGACUCAGACAACAUAAUUUACAGUACUUGUUUGCAAUUUUAUGAAACCUAUACAUCAUAGUAUCCCUUCUUUUGAGCGAUUUUUCUCAAUUAACAUUCUAUGUUACCCCUUCUUUUCACUGUGUAUCAUUCUUUUAGUACUCAUAUACUUUGAUGUGCUUUUGUAUAAUAGUUUAAAGGGAAUAUCUUUUCCCUUUAAAUAUAGAACAAUACUUCUUGACUAUUAACUAUAAUUUGAUUGUGGGCAAAGGUUUUAUUAGAGAUUAUAAUUUCAGUUAAAACAUUACUGAAUUGCAGUUUUUCGUGAAAGUACUGAGUAAUUUUAUCAUUUUUUGCUUAAUCCACCUUUCCC